GGCAACUGUCUAAAAAACUAUGAUGGUUCCAGCCAUAGUAUGGAAGUAGAAGCAGCCAAGAGGAUAUGGAGCAGGUCCAUUGAUCUCCAUCAAAUGAGAUACAAAUGGCUUGUAUCGGAUGGUGAUGCAAAGACUUUAUCUGCCUUGAACGCAAUGAAGCCCUAUGGUGACGAUACAGUCGAAAAGCUUGACUGUAUAAAUCACGUCCACAAGCGACUUGGAACCAACCUCCGCAACCUCAGAAAAACAGAAAAAACGUGAAAGGAGGGAGGGGUGGACUAACGGAUGCCUUCAUAAAGAAGUUGGGUGAUUUUUAUAGGAGUGCGAUUUACAAUAAUAUCACACACUCAACUGACGAAAAUGAAAGGAAGAAAGCUGCACUCAAUAUGCAAAAAGAGAUCAUGGCUGGGCUAUAUCAUAGCACAAACCUUGCUGACAAGGAUGAACAGCACCAAUACUGUGUAGGUACCCAAUGGUGCAAGUACCAUAAUGAUAGGGAAACCUAUAAAGAAGAUGCCCGACUGCCCUCUUCUUUUCUGCCCUAUAUGAAACGUGUGUAUGAAAGGCUCAGUGAUAUCAAAUUAUUACAACGCUGCUUGCCAGGACUGACACAAAAUCAAAAUGAGUCUUUCAACAGUUUGAUAUGGGCAAGAUGCCCAAAGGAGAGAAGUUUUGGACCCAAGUUUGUGAAUAGAGCCGUGUAUUCGGCUAUUCUGCAUUGGAAUAUUGGCGCAACAAGUCGUGAACGCGUGAUGGAGAGGAUGGCUUUAUCAGUAGGGCAACACACACAAACCAUAAAUGAUAAGAAGGACACUGACAGGAUAAAUCAGUCUGUGCGUAGAGCCAAUGAUGACCAGAAACAAAAAAGAAAACAAAAAAAGGAUGAUAAAAUUCGUUCGGAAGAGCAACAAUUAGAAAUUGAGGGCCCAACUUACGGCAGCGGACUUUUUGGAGACAUUUCAGAUUAGAAAAAAAUAAUUAAAAAAAUAUUUAAAAAAUGUAUUGUAGACCUUAGGUGUAGGUUUUGUUAUACCUGAAUACCAUAUGGUUAUGUUUCAAAGUUUUAAACAUCAUGAAAAUGGAAUUUAUUAAUUUUAAUUAUUAAUAUUGUACGAAAUUCUAUGAACGGAACUUUACACGGCGUUUUCUCAGAAUACCAUAUUUUAAUUACAUAAUUGCUAAUAACUUCACAACGAAUAAUAAGAAUGUUAUGAAACUUGGCAGGAAUGCUCUUUACAGCAAGGGCUUCAAUUGGAUUAUUCAAAAUUUCUCUAUGUGUUAUACCUUUCAUUUUAUGAACAAAAUAUUGCUAUGUUUUCACACGAAUCUGGAAAUUUUUCAUUAGGUCAUCAUUUGGAUUCACUUUUAUAUAUAGCUAAAAGCCAUAAUACAGCCAUUGAUUGAUAAGUGAAUAUCACUUUGGUUAAAUAUGAAUGCCAUACCUUGAGUAGAUAAAAUGUUUUUAGCAUUUGAAGAUUGACGGUCCAUUUUUAUUUUGAAAAUAUUUUUUUAGUUCAUGACAUUGUAGUUUCAA